AUGUAAGGAAUUUCAAUCUUUGAUGAUGAUAAAUCAGCCAUUGAUAAAAUGUAAAAUUCUUUCAAAAAUCUACUUUUUGAGAUUAUUUAUUACUUGAUAUCUGGAGAGAACUUUCCAUUAUUUCUUUACAUUUUUUUUGUGAUGAUUGAAAGCUUUUAAGUUUUUUACUUUGCAUUUAGUGAUGAAGUAAAUUACAAUAUUAUACUAUUAGUUUCUUUCUUUGUGGAAAGUCAAAUCAUGGUCUGAAUCAUUUUAACAAUUUUUUGGAUACUUUAUGAUAUCUCCUUAUUUAAAAAAUGUCGAAUUUCAAAGCUUUAUUCUAGUGCUAUAUAUAGUUAUGGGGUUAUUUUUUCUAUUGAUAGUGCUUAUAAUCUUUAUAGCGAUUAAAGCAUAAACUACAUCAGUUGGUAAAUUGACAGGACCUUUGGUUGUUCUAAAAAUAUUUUUUGAAAUUCUAAAUUAUAUUUUCUUUAUGCCAACACUACAUUUAUUUUUAACUGUAUUUUAUUGUGAUUCAGGAACAGGUUAUCACCAUUAUUAUAGUGAUUUAUAAUGUUAUACUGGUAAUUAUUUAUUACAUGCAUUUUUAUCAGCUAUUGCUGCUGUAAUUUUAAUAUGUGUAAGUGGAAUAGUUACAAUGACAUUUUAUGAAUCAAGAUUUUAAGCUAAUAAUCCUCUUUGUAAAACUUCAGGUAGAGAUGAUAUGAAAUUUUUAAUUUUCAAAAUAGUUUUAGUAUUAUGUUUUACAUUAUUAAAUGUAAGUGAAUUAAGAAUUUUAGUUGUCAUAAUAAUUACACUUUUUGCAGUCAUUCAAUUCUUUUCAUUCAAUAAAUCAAGUGUAUAUUUGAAUUAUUAUUAUUCAAAAAUGUUAAAUUCACAACAUGCUAUAAUUAUGUGGACAAUUUGUAUGAUCAUCUUUGGAAUCAUUGUAGAAGACACAUAUUAUGAAGGAGCGCCUUAUCUAUGGGUAUUUGGUAAUCCAUUAUUAUUAUUGAUUGUGAUGCUGAGAAAAGAAUAUAGAUAUGAUAUUAUGAUGAUAGAUUCUAAUAAAUUUGAUUCUUUAAAUUAAGCCAUUCAAUAAUUAUAAUACUUAACUAAAUUCUUAAAUUAUUAUCAUACAGAUAGAAAUAUAGCUACACUUUUAGAUGGUUUUGUAGAAUAUCAUAGAACAAUUUGUAAAAGAGAAGAUUGUCCUUGUUAAGCUAAAAAUAUGGGAAAUAAAAAGAUUGCUAAAUUUUAGAAGAAUUUUAAACUGUAAAAUUAAGAUGAUGAAAUCAAAGAAUAAUAUGUUGUAUUAGUAUAUAUUUUGGAAAGAAUAUUCACUUUAUCAUUAACAAGAUUUCCUAAUUGUACUGAAUUGAGAAUAGCACAUUCAUUAUUUUUAAUGGAAAAAAUGUAAUCAAAUUAAUAAGCAUUAUAAGAAUUAGUAUCAGCUGAACAAGAGAAACCAUAUAUGGAUGAAUAAUUCAUUAUAUAUAGAUUAAAAAAGUUGAUUGAAGAAUAAAUGUUUGAGAAUUCAAAAUCAACCAAAAAUCCAGCAGCUGGAAUUGAUGCAGUAAAUGAAUUAACAACUGAAAAUAAUCUUAGAGAAAUUAGAGCUUAAAUUGAAAAGUCAGCCUCAUAACAUAUAGAAUUUUGGUCAUAAUUAAGUGAGGAUACACCAGAUUUAGGAAAAUUAUAUGAUGUUGGAACUAGAAUGAUGUAUAUAGAUAAAAUGUUGGAAGAUUCAUGGAAAAGAAUAAUUAAAAUGAAUAUAGAUGUUCCUCCAAAUUUAAUGAUGAUUUAUUCAAGAUAUCUUGUUGAUAUUCUUUAUGAUAAAGAAUCAGCUGAAGAAGUAUUAGAAAGAUUGAAGAAUUUUUAUUCUGUUAAUAUGGAUAGAGGUAAAAUUACAAACAAUAUUAAUGAUUUUCCUAAUGAAUCUACUGCAUUAAUUAGUAUUUCAGCUGAAGACAUCACUUUUGGUAGAAUUAUAGGACUAAAUAUGUCUGCAUCUAAAAUGUUUGGUUAUUCAAAGAGUGAAUUAAUAAAUAGGAAGGUCAAUAUUUUAAUGCCUAAUGUAUUUGCUUAAUCACAUGAUCAAUUUAUGGAAACUUAUUUAUAAACAUACGAAAGUAGAAUAAUGAACAGAGAAAGAAUGAUUAUAGGUAAAUCAAAAAAUGGAUACAUCUUUCCCUUCUUUAUAUAUGUAAGAUAUGUACCUUCAUUUAUUCAUGGAGCAUAGUUUUUUGGUGCUAUGAGAUAAGAAAAAGUUUUUAAAAAUGUAGCUUUUAUGAUUGUAAAUGGAUCAACUUAAGAAAUUGAAAAUAUUUCAGCCACUUUUAUUACUAUGUUUCAUAUUGAUUUAAAUUAUAUAACAAAAAAGAAAACUAAAGUAAGUGAUCUUAUUCCUAAUUUUCAAGAGAAUAUUACUGAAUAUCUUAAUAAAACAGGAGCUGAAGCAGAAAUUAAUUUUAAAAAUAGAGAUUAGUCAGUUUAGGGUAAAUUUAAUAUUACUGCAGGUGAAAUUCUAUUUAGGGAUUCUAAAUUAUAAGGUUACAUAAUAAAGAUUGAAAAUAAUAGACAAGAAAAAUCGUUUCUUAAUCCUAAUGAAUAAUCUCAAAUAAAAAAAUAAUAAUAAGUUAAGUUUUAUUUUUAAUUUGAUCAAUCAUAACAUAAUUUUAUUGGUGAAUAUACUUAAGAUUAAAAUUUUUAGAUGUCUGCUAUUUCAAGUGUUAAAUAAGAUGAAACAUUUGAUUAUUCAUAAAGAGAACCAAUUAAAGAUGAUGAAAAAACACCAACAUCAAAUAUAGGAGAGAAAGAAGAAAAAGUUGAUUUAGCUUUUGGAAUUAGGACUAUGAAAUAUAUCAAUGGAUAAUUAUAUGAUAUUGAAGAUUUUAAAAACUAAGAUUCUGAUGAAGAUGGGGAAGAAAAUGAUUAAAAAAAAGGAGGUACUAAUGGAAUGUAAUAAGUUUAAAAGGAGGAUGAAGAAGAAGAAGCUGAAGGUGGACAUGCUAAUAUUUAUAAGUCAAGAAGAACUUUUGUUUAAUUCUUGUCAGAGAGUCGUAAUGUUAAUUAGAGUAGUAUGAUAUGUUUUAAAUGGAGUGCUGCUGUAUUGAUUAUAUGUUUAGGAGUAUUGGGUUUAUUGGAUUAUGUUUUGACUCAAUAAUUAUUUUAAGAUAUUUAAGAAGGAUAUAUUAUGAUGCAAGAUUCAAAUAUCAGAGUAGCUUUAGGUUAAAGAAUAUAAUGGUAAAUAAUGGAAUUAUGCAGAUUAAAUAAAAUAAAUGUAGCUGGUACUGAUGAUAAAGUAAAAACAUAACUUGUUAAUAUGAAUACAACAAUUAGUGAUUUAAAAGAUAUUUAAUCAAAAAUUUAAUCAUCCACAGAUGUCAGUGGAAGAUAGAAUGAAUUAAUGACUACAAAUUCUAUAAAAAUGAUUAGUAGAGAUGAUAGUGGAAGUGAGAGUAAUUAAUUAGUUGAUAUCAACUAAGGAACUUCAUAAAUAAUAUCAAAAGCUUUUGAAAUUAUGAAUUAUGAUAUCACUGAUUUUGAUCCUGAUUCUGAUUCUAUAUUUUUCAUUAGAUACAAUUUGUUGAAUGACUAUUAUUAAGCCACUUUAGAAAGUGUGGAUCUAUAUACUAAUUAAUUAAUUGAUUUAGCUUAUGAUUCUAAUGUUUUAUUGAUUUUAUUGAUAGUAGCUUGUGUUUUUACUGUCAUCUCAAUACCUUGGAUUGCUUGUGCCUUUAACUUAGUUUCACAAAAUUAAGAAGAAGUUAUUAAAUUAUUUUUAGAAAUACCUUUGGCUAAAGUUAAAUAAUUAUUUGCAAAAUGUGAAGCUUUCUCAAACACUCUUUAAAUAGGUGAAGAUGAAGAUGCAAAUCAAGAAAAUGAAUUAUCAUUUGAAGAAAAUGAUGAAGGAGAAGGAAUUGUAGAAGAAUUUGGUAGAAGGAAGAAAAGAAAGAAGUAUAAGUAUGAUUCCAAAGACAAGAGAAAUUUCUAUAUUAAAUUCAUUAUUUCCAUUGGAUUACUUAUUGCUUACUUUAUAGCCCACUAUUUAAUAGGAGCAAAUUUACAAGGUUCAAUGUAGUAACUCAUUUAAGAAAUGAAUGCUACUUCAAUGGCUGUUCCUUCUAUUACAUUUGCGAAUAAUGUUUUUAGAUAAAUGUUAUGGGAUGGUAAUUUUCCUGUUAAAAAUAAUGUAUCUAAAAUUUUAUCUGCUGAUUUUGUCAAAGAUCUCUAUAAUUUGAAUACUAACAUGCAAAAAGAUCAUUCUUUAAAUUUAGGAUAUCAUAAUGCUAUUUAUAAUGAUUAUUUCGAUACAAUAAUGAAAGCUGGAGCAUGCAAUGAAGUCAUAAAAGUUGCUGGAGUUGAUUUGGCUACAUGUUAAGCCUUCGUUAAAGGAAUAGUUGAUGAAUCAUUAGCCUUAGCUUUAUCAAGACAUUUCGAAAAUCUUAGAUAUUUGCUUACUGUUUAUGAUUCUCUUUUGAAUGAUUCUACAGCAACAACAAUAGCUGGGACUGUUUAUAAUUUUACAAACAAUAUUUAAUAAAAUAAGAUACUCUCACUCAUGUAUACAGAUAUAUCUGCAAUCGAAUUAAGUAUGUUUGUUAAUUUAUCAAUAGAUUAAAUGCAAGACAUAUAUAUUAGAUCAAUAUUUUAAUAAUUGCUUGUAAGUUUUAAUGAGAGCAUGUAGAAAGACUUAGACACAAAUACUACUACAACUGUGACAAUAUUUAUAGUAUUUUUGGUAGUGCUUGUAUUGGUGUAUCUGUUGUUUUGGUGGCCAAUAGCAAACAAGAUAAAUAAUGAAGUAAAUUUAAUUAUAAAUUGAUUAUAGAUAAGAAGAACAACACUUCUUUUAUCGAUGAUACCCUUAAAUUUAAUUUAAAGAAUCAAGGCUGUUAGAGAAUAUUUGAAUAGAAUUCAUAAGGUUGAUUCUUGA